AUGGACUCCCUGAUGCACUCCUGUCACAAGAUCAUGCUUGAGAGAGCCUCUACAGAAGAUGGGGAGCAUCACGCUCAAGACAUCUCCGACCACCCACCACCAGCCUACUCCGCCGAAGACAGCUUGACAGACUCUGAAGAUGAAGACGAGGAUGAAGACCCAUCUCCCAUCACCCUAGUUCUCAACACCGACACCAAGGUCCAAGGCACAGGCAACAUGAUCGCAUCACCACCACUUGCAGACGCAACUCGCCUAUCAGCACUCUUGCUUGCCGCUGUGCAGAGCCUCAACGCCGCAAAGACAAGUGCCACACAGUCUGACUCGCCCACUCCUACAUUGCACGUCAAUCUUACCAUCAACUGUGGCAUCACUGUUAUCGGUGACCGUAACAUCAUUGGCUACAAAACACAGGGUAACUUGCCAACUACUACGAAGAGAAAGAUCACCGAAGAGGAAUCUGAUGACGUCCCCGAGACCAAGAGAACCAAGUCUGAAUGA